UCCACUGAAGUUGCUACCGAGUGGAAUUAGAAGAAUGGCCAAUCAGUGGCAAAGACAAGCCUCAGCUCUCGGAGGAAAUGGUUACUUUACUGACCAGGCGUCACUCAGAAUGCGUCGGCUUUCCUCUCGAAUGUCCAGUCAGAACCACCAUGAGGAUCAAACCGAUGGUUCUGAGGCAGCCCUUGAGCUCAGGAGCACCGUUUUUUCCAUGGCUAUUAAAAAAGCUAUAAGGCUAGCACAACAAAAGCAGACCCCUGCUCAGCUAAACGGGGGAUCCUGGAAACAGAAAAGGGCCAUGUAUGUGCGUAAAUUGAGAAGCAGCGGCAGAGAGUUUCUUUACUUUUUCUCACUUUGGGGUAAAUCCUUGCAGAAGAUUGGAGGGAACUUUGGAGGUGGUGUCCAGUCCUACUUCCUCUUUCUUAAAUUCUUGGUGAUUCUUAAUUUCGUCUCCUUCCUGCUGAUUGGUGGAUUCGUGCUCAUCCCCAGCAUUGUGUUCAACUCAUUGGGAGAGCCGCCCAAACUGGAAAGCAGAACAGGUAGUGGAAAUUGUACAAUUUAUGAGCCUAAUCCCCAAGGCCUGGUGGUCUUCUACGAGUACUUUCUUCAUUUACUCUCAGGAACGGGUUUCAUUGAGUAUUCAUAUAUGUUUUAUGGAUACUAUGACAACACAGUGGUGGAGGACAGUAGCUUUUCCUACAACAUCCCUGUUGCCUAUCUGUCAACUGCUGUCUUCUACUUCGCCUUUUGUCUCAUUUGCAUCAUAAUACGAAUGGGCAAAGCAACUCGAGUUGCAGUGACAACUGGAGGCAGCGAUGUAAGCAACUACAGCUUGAUCGUCUUCACUGGGUGGGACUUCGGCUGCCUGGGAGGAAAAGCCACCAAACUAAAACAGAGGAACAUCUACUACCGGCUGCAGGUGGAUCUGGAGGAAGAGCGCCUAAAGAAGCAUGCAGCUUCCCUCACUAUGUGCAAAAAAGUUACCUUAUACUCUCUGCGUGUUUUGUCGUUUUUUGUUGCUCUAGGGCUUGUAGCAGCAGCCUGCUAUUCCAUUUUUGAGGCAACAAAGUUCAGCCAGGAUAACAGUGACAAGGAAGGGAUCCUUGGAUUGAUUUAUGAGUAUCUGCCAUCGAUUGUCAUCACCGCAGGGAACUUCUUGGUGCCUCUGCUGUGCGACCAAUUAGCUCUACUUGAAAAAUAUUCUCCAAGCUCCACAGUGAUAGUAGCACUGUUAAGAGCAGUGAUUUUGCGUCUUGCCAGUCUAUGCAUCCUUCUCUUCACCCUUUGGGAUCAGAUCACCUGUAAAGGAAAUCAAAAUGAUGACGAAUGUAAUGAGUGUCAUUACAACUACCAAGAGUACCCGUGCUGGGAAACACGUGUGGGACAGGAAAUGUACAAGCUGACACUGUUCGACCUCCUCGUUAACAUCGCUCUACUCGUGCUGGUUGAAUUUCCACGCAGGAUGGUGGUGGACAACACUUCCUGUAAGUUGUCUCAGUGGGUUGGCCGGCAGGAGUUUGUAGUUCCUUCUAAUGUUCUCGGGCUUGUUUAUGGCCAGACUGUGGUCUGGACAGGAGCUCUUUUUUGCCCUCUGCUGCCACUCUUGAACACAGCCAAGUUCGUUAUCCUCUUCUACUGCAAGAAGAUCACACUUUUCUACAACUGUCGUCCAGCAUUAAGGACAUUUCGGUCCACCUCCUCUUCCUUCUUUUUCCUGGCAGUCCUUCUCUUUGGCUGGAUCAUAGCCUUGGUUGUCAUGAUUUAUAGUGUUGCUGUGAUGCAUCCAUCACAGGCUUGUGGGCCUUUCCGUUCUUUUGACAACAUGUGGCAGAUUGUUCCAAACUCUACCUACUAUCUUCCUGAUGUAACAAAAGAGUUUAUUUUCUUUAUUGGCUCCCAAGCCUUUUCAGUACCUCUUUCUGCCUUAUCAUGUGUGGUUAUGUGCUACGUCAUCGCUUUAGCCUCUAUCCAUGGCAGAUCUGUUGUAAUGCUCAAAGCACAACUUAAAUUGGCAGGACGGGACAAGCAGUUUUUGGUAAAGCAGAUUUUGGCCAUCAAACAACACCAAAGUGAAGAAAACCAGGACUAAACUCAAGCUGUACACCCUUUUAUUUUUGCUUUGUUAUAUAUUUGAAACAUAUAAGAAUUUGAAAAUGCAACUAAUGAUAAUAUAUAGAGUGAAUGAGAUUAUUGUUUUGGAUUGUACAAUUCUUAAAAGAUAUGAAUA